AAGAAAAAACGCGACGACACGAGAGUGGGUGUUUUUCUUUUUGUAGAGGGGCGUUCGAAUCUGCGUCUAAAACCGGCGAUGCGUUCUCUGCAUCUGCAAGGCAGAAUCUCCGCGUCUUAUUCUUAUUUUUCUUUGCUUCUUCCAUUGAUACUCCUCUCUUCUCCUCUUUCUUCAAACCCUUAAAAUUCCCUUUCUAAAUCCUUCUCUUUCCCAUGCUCUUUCAUCCCUUUCUUCUUCUUCUUCCCAAUUUCUGAAUCCCCACCUCAAAUCCCCAUCUGGGUUCUUUCAAUCUCAUUCCCAAUGCCUUCUAUUUCCCCUCCCAACACCAUCGCUAACUUUCUCCGCCAGAUUUCCUCGCUUCCCAAUCCCUCAGACCGUGCCUCCAGACUCGAUUCUUUUAUCAGCAGCUUGGAGGAUGAAAUGAAGAAGAUCGAUGCCUUCAAGCGCGAGCUUCCCUUAUGUAUGCUUCUAUUGAACGAUGCUAUCCUUGCUUUGAAAGACUCUACACUGCAAUGUGCUUCUUCUUGUUCUUCCCCAAAAUCCAAGCCGGUUUUGGAGGAAUUCCUGUCAUUGAACAAAGAUUCUUCUGAUCAGAAUGAGAAAGACGAGGAUUGUAGAGAUAAGAAGGAAUGGAUGAGCUCUGUUCAGCUUUGGAAGACUGAUGAGUUUCAAAAUACCCAAAUCAAAACCAAGAGAAAUGAGGGGUGGGGUUAUGUCGCUGCUGCUGAAGAUCGGUUUCAGCUAUGUCGAAAGAAGAAUGAAGAAAGAUUAUUUGCUGGGUUCAAGUCAUCUUCUGCUGCUUUUCCAGCCAUGGCUGCUGUGAAGAAGGAAGAGAAGAUUGAAUCUCCCAUUUGUGCACUUUCUUUGGUCACUCCUAGCUUGAAGAAUACUAGAGAAGAAUUGGUUUCCUGUGUUUUGCGGUCGAGUGGCAACCGUGCAACUUCGACUUCUGCUGCCGAUAUUCAAUCAAAUUUGCGGACAGUGUUGCCACCGCAGCAGCAGCCUGCCCGGAAGCAGAGAAGGUGCUGGUCGCCAGAGUUGCAUCGGCGGUUUGAGAAUGCAUUGCAGCAACUUGGAGGUUCACAAGUUGCAACGCCGAAGCAAAUAAGAGAGUUGAUGCAAGUAGAUGGCCUGACCAAUGAUGAAGUAAAAAGUCAUUUACAAAAAUACCGUCUUCAUACUCGGCGACUUCCAUCAACUCCAGCUGGCCGAGCAACAGACCAAUCUCCUGUUGUUCUAGGAGAUUUAUGGAUGUCCCAAGAUGGGUGUGGUGAAUCCUCAAAGGUGAGCAGCUCUCAGUCAGCAUCACCGCAAGGUCCACUCCAGUUCGCAGGAAACGGAGGGUAUUCCACAACCGGAGGCGACAGUGUGGAGGACGAGGAAGAUACUAAAUCGGAAAGCUAUGACUACUGGAAAUCUCAGGCUGACACUGGCAAAAGAUGUAUAAAGAUUUGAAGCAUAAAAUACAAUACAUUGGAGUUUGAAAUUACUGAAGGAUUGUUCUACAUAGUACAUAAAAAAGAAUGAGAAGAUGAGAAAAAAGAAGAUGGAUAUCAAACAUAGAGAGAAUCUGAGAGGCUGUGAAUUAUUUUUGCAGGAUUAGUUUUUUUUUUCCUUUUUUUUGGAGAGAAUCCGAGUUUUUUUAAACUUUUAAUCCCCUUUUCCUUUCAUCUUUUGGGGAUUUUGAGAUUAUAGUUUCUCAAGAUGUUGUUUGUAUUGAUAAAAACUGAUAUAUUUCAUCUCUUCAUUUUUAACAAAUUUACAA